GUAAAGCUAACCUCGUGUGCACAUAAAACAAAAAAAAACACUUUUAGUUUUAGAUUGGAAGCGGCAUCGUCUGCAACCACGCUGGCCGAGAAAAUAGGAGCAGACGACAUUAGCUGAAAUCCAAAACUCCAACGCGCGUAUUUUAACCAGUUGUCAACAAUAGGCAUCUGUAUCAAAGUGAACAUUCUUUGCGACGUGUUUACUAGCUGAAAGAGAUCAAAGGGAGAUUACUGCAUUAAAGAAACAAAAUGAAGUCAGCCCUUGGUUUUGUUCUCUUGGUGGCAUUUACGCUGAUAUAUUCAGUCGAAGCAACAUCCACAACUGAAAGUACUACAGAAAGUACAACGACUUAUACAACGGAAAAUACGACAGAAUACGAGAAUAGUACUGAAGAAACCACACCGUUCAAUACGACUGAGAGUACUGAUACAUCAACAGACACAACCCUUAGUUCUAGUACAACAACAGAGUCGUCUACAACAACUCCAGCAUCAACAACAACAACGACAGCAACUACGACAACAGCAUCUCCAACGACCACUGCUACAACUACUGAUACAACUGUAGCCAGCUCAACAACAUUAUCUACAGCAGCGUCCAGUGAUGCGACCUCACCAUCUUCAACGACAACUGAUACAACUACUGUAACAACCAUAGCCAGCUCAACAACAUUAUCUACAGCAGCGUCCAGUGAUGCAACCUCACCAUCUUCAACGACAUCUGAUACAACUACUGCUACAACCGUAGCAAUUUCCACAUCGCCUGCUGAUACUGCAUCAACAGAUUCAACAACAACUGCACCAACAACUUCUUCAUCCUCGACUACAAGCGGUGUAUCUAGUUCUUCAGAUUCAACAACAACUGCGCCAUCAGCUUCUUCAACAUCGACAGCAAGCGGUGUAUCUAGUUCUACAGAUUCAACAACAACUGCGCCAUCAGCUUCUUCAACAUCGACUGCAAGCAGUGUAUCUAGUUCUACAGAUUCAACAACAACUGCGGCAACAGCUUCUUUAACAUCGACUGCAAGCGGUGUAUCUAGUUCUACAGAUUCAACAACAACUGCGCCAUCAGCUUCUUCAACAUCGACUGCAAGCAGUGUAUCUAGUUCUACAGAUUCAACAACAACUGCAGCAACAGCUUCUUUAACAUCGACUGCAAGCGAUGUAUCUGGUUCUACAACACCAUCAGUGACAGAAACAUCGAAUUCUGAUUCAACAACAUCCACUUCAGCCACAUCUACAACAUCAACAUCAGCCACAACUACAACUACAUCAACAACCACAGCAUCAGCAACAGCUAAAUUCGACAGUCAACUCAAGAUAAAUGAAACAUGGAAAAAUGAACUCAAUGAUACAACCUCAACCACAUAUAUACAAUUAUCAGAAGGAUGUAAAAAGAGUUUGAUAGAGUUACUCAGUCGCACAAUAAGUCAACUUAUAGACAUCAUAAUCAACGGUUUCAGUGAGGGAAGUAUUAUCGUGGAUUUUACAACACUGGUCGCCUCGUCAGCCAGUAGUACUGCAGGCAGCCAGUUGGUGGAGGCCUUGAUCAGUAUAGCCAAGAAUGGAAUCAUAGUGAACAACACAUACUAUGGUGCGAAUGUCACAGUUAGAGGACUAACAGUUACUGCUGACACUAACAAAUGUGACAUUUUAAAUGCACUCCAAGCGUGUAAGUCUAAUACCACCUGCACUAUCAACAGUGAUGGUCAAGCGACUUGCAACGAAGAUUCGUCUGAUGUGAACGUGCCACUGAUUAUCGGCCUUUGUGUGGGUAUGCCCCUUGCUCUUGUGUGUAUUGUGGUUUUGGUCCUGCUCAUUGAAUACAGAAAGAAAUAUCUGGAACAAAGGAGGAUCAAUGCAAGAGAGUCCGACUAUACUGAUCGACCUUCAACUCCAAAAGAUGGCUUCAGUGGUUCAAGGCCUUCAUCAGGGAAACAUUUAUUACCGAUGUCUAAAGAAAAACUGCUGAAUUAACAAAUUGUGUGCGAAAGUAUUUUGUUGACCUUAUUUAAAAAAUAUAAACAGGUUUUAUUUUAUUU